AUGGCGUCGUCGGAGAUCGAGGACGCCGCCCCCGCCGCCGCCACCGGCACGGGACCGGCCGUCGCAGAGGAGGCGGGGCAGGAGGGGGAGGAGGAGGCGCUCAAGGACGACGUGUACACGGGCGCGGCGUACGGGGACCUCGAGAAGCUGCACCGCCUCGUCGAGCGGGAGGGCCGCUCCGUCACGGUGCCCGACGCGCUCGGGUACCACGCGCUGCAGUGGGCCGCGCUCAACAACCGCGUCGCCGCCGCCCAGUACAUUCUCGAGCAUGGUGCCAAUGUAAAUGCUAUAGACCACACAGGCCAAACAGCACUUCACUGGAGUGCUGUGCGUGGUCAUGUUCAAGUUGCGGAAUUACUUUUGAAAGAAGGAGCUAAGGUGGAUGCCGCUGAUUUAUAUGGAUACCAGACCACACAUGUUGCCGCACAGUAUGGCCAGACAGCAUUUCUUUGUCACAUUGUUACAAAAUGGAAUGCUGAUUAUGAUGUCCCUGAUAACGAUGGAAGAAGCCCUCUUCACUGGGCUGCAUAUAAGGGAUUUGCAGAUACUAUACGUCUCCUCUUGUUUUUAGGUGCUUAUAGGGCGCGGCAAGAUAAAGAAGGUUGUACUCCUUUACAUUGGACUGCUAUUCGGGGGAAUUUGGAGUCCUGCACUGUGCUAAUUCAAGCUGGCAAAAAGGAGGAUCUUACGGUUCAAGACAAUACUGGCUUGACUCCAGCCCAACUUGCUGCUGAUAAGAAUCAUCGACAAGUUGCAUUUUUCCUAGGGAAUGCUAGAAGAGUACAUGAAAGAGGAUGUGUCGGGAAUGGUUAUUUUGGGAAACUAUUAAAAAUCGGGCUUGCUCCUCUUCUUUGGUGUAUCAUUAUAGCCUUAAUUUUUGUAUAUAUACAUUCAAUUAUCUUAGGAGACUAUAACACAAAGAUGACUGUAUUUCUUGGGUUAUUUUCAUGGUUGGGAGUUCUCCUCGCAACUGCCGGACUGGUUAUGUUUUAUAGAUGCAGCAGGAAAGAUCCUGGUUACAUCAGCAAGAAUAUAAGAGACUCACAAAAUCAAAGAGAUGAUGAACCUUUGUUGAAGAUGGGUUUGGACAAUCCUGAACUCCUUGAUGGUAAUUGGUCUCAACUAUGUAUAACAUGCAAAAUUGUCAGGCCUGUACGCUCAAAACACUGCUCUACAUGCGACCGCUGUGUUGAGCAAUUCGAUCAUCACUGCCCUUGGGUAUCGAAUUGCAUUGGAAAGAGGAACAAAUGGGAAUUCUUUAUGUUCCUUAUCCUAGAAGUUUCUGCUAUGAUUAUUACUGGUGUAACGGCCAUCAUAAGAAGUAUAGGAGACCCAGCUUCUCCAGCAUCAUUUGGUGGAUGGCUUGGCUAUACAGCUAUAAACCAUUCCUGGGUGGUGUCUUUUGUCAUAAUGGACCUCCUCCUUUUCUUUGGUGUUAUAACUCUAACAGUAAUUCAAGCAUCACAGAUAUCCAGGAACAUUACAACAAAUGAGAUGGCAAAUGCCAUGAGGUACAGUUACCUCAGGGGACCAAGUGGCAGAUUCAGAAAUCCAUAUGACCAUGGGGUGCGCAAGAACUGUUCUGAGUUCUUGCUGAAGGGGUACCAUGAGGAUAUUGAGAACACUGUACAGACAUUGCAAUCUGAUGAGGAAAUGGGACCAAUUCAGAUGAGAAGCCCAGUCUCACCACAUGUGAAUGGCACUGACCACAGUUCCAGCAAUUCACAUGCCAGCUCAAAACCCCAUCGCCAAAGUCCAUCCAAGUGUUGCCAUCAGAGUAAGAAAUCUGAUAGGACCCCUUCAGGCCUAGGGCUGGGCCUUUGGGCAUAA